ACAGUUCGGGAAACGAGGCGCUGCGCGGCGCUGCUUGCCGGUGCCAGCGCAUCCGUAACCCGGCUCGGUCACAGGGUCUGGACUAAAAACCAUGCUGACCACCGCGGUUUAAGUCGAAAUAUCAGCUCCGCCGAAUAAACUCGGGUUAUGAGCGCUAGGUCAGUGGGCAGUCAGGCAGAUAUAGAAAGACACGCGUGUUUAUUAUUAUAAAUGCAAUGUGCUGGACCCUGGUGGCCGGCGGUCCCUCCUCCUGGCGACACACCUGCCCGUCCGCUGCUAGUGUCAAGCACGGAGAAAUGCCUGCAUGUCAGUAACAGCAGGCCGUUUGACUUCUGUAUUUAGUUCAUCCUUAUUGAAUUUGCAGAAAAACGCCGGGUAAGAAAAAACGACUAAGAUCAAACUAAAGAGGCGGAUAUUCUUGAUCUUGCUGGAGGGAAACGGCAGGUUGGCUGUCAAUAUUAAUGUUAGAGCGGAGUUGAAGCUUUACAUCUCAUAAUUUCGACUGCUUUAAGACGCUACAGCAUCAUCCAUCCCAUUUCGAAAGGGACAUGGAUGUAGGACAACCGACCCGAAGAGACACUGAGCCGUCUGGUCAGGCCGGAUCAGCGCCACCCAGGACUCCCACCACUCCUAUAGCCCAGGGCGGCCCACCGACGUCCCUGACCCCGAGGGCUCCCAGGAGGGCGCGGCAGUCGGACCAACCUGCUGAAUGUCAGCUGACCCCUGAGUUGUCCAGGUCUCAGCCAGGAGAUGCGGGGAGGAUGGAACCGGACACACCCAGAGCUCCUCAGGUUCAGUCAAGGGUACAAGUCACCACCCCCCAGUCUGGGAAGCCUGUACCACAGGGCUCGGGCUCACUGGGCCCCCUGGGCCCCGAAGGCCCACAACAGAAUAGCUCAGGCUCUCGAAGCCCUACCUCUACUCGGGCGGCUCCAGUACCCCAGCCACCGCCAUCAUUGCCCGAAGACACCCAAUUCACCGCCCAUCAGCAGAGGGCAGGAACCACAGACAUACAAGUGCAAGCAGUGGAGGAUUUCAGGGUGCAUUUAGUCACAUGGAACGUGGGCUCGGCUGUGCCACCUGAUGACCUCACUUCCUUGCUGGAGCUGAACAUAGGAGAUGGAAACACUGACAUGUACAUCAUUGGGCUACAGGAAGUGAACUCCAUGAUUAACAAGAGGCUGAAGGACGUACUGUUCACUGACCAGUGGAGCGAGGUUUUCAUGGACACCCUAAGCCCCUUUGGAUACGUGUUGGUGACGUCCCAGCGCAUGCAGGGGGUGCUGCUGCUGGUGUUUGCCAAAUACUACCACCUACCCUUCCUGAGGGGGGUCCAGACCGAAAGCACGCGCACCGGCCUGGGGGGCUACUGGGGAAACAAAGGGGGCGUGAGCGCCCGCAUGACCGUGUUCGGCCACCCCAUCUGCUUCCUGAACUGCCACCUGCCCGCACACAUGGAGAACUCGGAGCAGCGCAUGGAGGACUUUGAGAGCAUCCUGCAGCAGCAGCAGUUCGAGGGCCAGGCCGCCACGGGAGUGCUGGACCACGAUGUGGUGUUCUGGUUUGGGGAUCUGAACUUCCGCAUUGAAGACUAUGACAUUCAAGUAGUAAAGAGCGCGAUCGACAGUAACAACCUGUCACUGUUGUGGGAGAAAGACCAGCUGAACAUGGCGAAAGAUUCAGAGAAGGUGCUUGACGGAUUCUUGGAGGGCCCCCUGAAAUUCCCCCCCACCUACAAGUUUGAUGUGGGGACCAACACUUACGACACAAGCGGGAAAAAGCGUAAGCCAGCCUGGACAGACCGCAUCCUUUGGCGGCUGAGGCCAGCCUCGCAGCUUGUGGCGGCGAGGCGUGGCCUGGCGUCGGGGCUCACUAGCGGGACGCGGGUCACCCAGUAUUCCUACCGGAGCCACAUGGAGUACGUCAUCAGCGACCAUAAGCCCGUCUCUGCCAUCUUCACCCUGCAGUUCCCCUACAAGGUGGACAUUCCCUGGGUGACGCUCAUGGUGGAGGAUGAGUGGACAAAACCCUCGGACGCCACGGCCAAAUUCAAACUGGUGCCCACCUUCUCCCGCAGCUCCUGGGACUGGAUUGGGCUGUACAAGGUUGGGUUCAAGCACCACAAGGAUUAUGUUGGGUAUGUGUGGGCCAAACAAGAGGAGACAGACUUUCUGACACAGGAGUACCAGGUGACCUUUGCAGAGGAGGAUUUGCCAAAAGGCUCUGGAGACUACAUCUUGGGUUACUAUAGCAACAACAUGAGCACGAUAGUGGGCGUGACAGAGCCCUUCCAGAUCCAGCUGCCCACCUCCAGCCCGGUGCUCAGCCCAUCUGACAGCUCUGACUUCAGCUCAGAGGACGACAGCACCAUGGGGCUGCUGCACGCCACAUCCCGGAGCCCAAGCCCCAGCAAAGGCCGCAGUCAGGGCCGACGGAGCCGCAGCCGGAGCCCCGCCCUGCCCCGCCUGCAGGGCCUUCACCUGGGCAGCCGCAGCCCCUCCCCCCGCACCCCCACCACGGGCAAAAAGGAGCGCCUAGUCUGUGAGUCUGACGGCUCUCCCGCCUCACUGCCACCGGUGUCCCCUGGUGAAACACCCAGCCCCAGCACCCCUGGUGUCGAUUCCACUGCAGCCCUGCCCACAGAUGCCUCCCAAACUGGAGGAGGGGGUCAGGGCCCCAACCACAGGAACUGCUGACAGCGUGCUUGAGAUGCUCCAUUCAUUCAUGCACUGUGUGCUUCUCUCCCAAUGAUGAUUUAACUCCAUGACCUCCUAUUACAAGGACCCGCCUGGUAUUGGGGUCUAAGCCCGUUUCCUGGCCCACUGACAGCCAUCUUCUCCUCCAUCUUGGAGGUGGUUGCAGACAGUGGAGCCUAAGACUGUGAGCAGGACCGUUUCCCAGCCAAAUUUAAUCUCAGGUUUGUCUUAUCAAAGAAAUUCCACCAUACGGCUUGUCCUCUCUUUUCUCACACACGUUCAGUGUGUAGUACAAAAUAAAUUGCACAAUGACUGGCCCAAUAGAAGAUGCAUUGACAUCUUGUCUAGGGUAUAGCCAGGGUUAGAAUUCACCCAAGUCAUGAUGAAGAACUCAGUGACCCCAUAAUUGCUACUGAUCAGUCAGUUAGGUCCAUUGCCGAUAUUGUAUUUGUAUAUAAUUCAUAUGAAUAAGCGACCAGCAAUGCAGCUAAUCAAACGAAAUGAGAUCAGGUUUCAACAGGUUUGCAAUUCCAUCACGAUUCUGAAUAAAAUGGAGGUUAACUUUGUACAAAACAUUAGCGCCCCCUAAUGGAGAGCCACGGUAACCGGAACCAAGAAAUUCUUUCGGGAAGGGCCGCCAUACCCCCCAGACGUAGGAGGCGCAACGACAGUCCUAAGAUUCACAAAACAGGGUACCAGUCAGUCUGCCCUUAAUUAACCCGGGCCUCCAUUGCCUUCGGUGUGCACCCUAGUCUUUAUAGCAAGAAUGUGCGGUGCGAGUCAACGUCAGUGAAGCUGAGUGAGCUACCCAGUAGCUCGGAUUCACUGGUGGGGUCUGUCUUGUGCUGGGACUCUCACCAUCGCUUCCGGCCGUGGCUCCUGCGCUGCUGGCUGUCGCGUCAUUGCCAAUAAGAUUCUUAAGAUUUCCGUGAACUCUAACGUUAUUGUGAUAUAAUAUAUGGUUAUAAUUAUAUUAGAAAUGAGUAGAUAUUGUCUUCAAUGGAUAGUGAGACAGUACACUACGGGAAUACGGGAGUUGCGCAUCAAUGGCUCUUUGGCUUAUCCAUCGCCUUUAUUUGUAUAUGCAUUAUACGUUAUUUAAACAUAUAUUUAUCACUGCGACCAUGUCCUGGAAGAGUGGUAUGGAAGAUUGCUAUUUAUACAUUAAAUACCUGUUUGUCUACCAGUGACAAUUAAUGGCCGGAAUGGUUAAUAAUAUUUUGGUAUUAUAAAGAGCAUUUCUGAAGUAUAACUAUUUGAAUCAUCAGUCAGACAGACGAACUGGAGAACCUAAUAAUUAAUUCAUGCUAACCGGGUGGAUCCCCCUCCUCAGAAGGUCUCCUUGGUUAUACUUGUAGUCCUCUUUAACGACUGCCUCCAUUACGGUCUCCUACGCUUCAUGUUUCCGUCUUCUGUUUUUUUUUUGUGUGUGUUUUUUUUCCUCCUUUUUUGUUUCUUUGUUUUAAUGUUGUAACGGCACGUGGUAAACUAACGGGGGAGUCAUGCACACGCACAAAGACCCGAACUGAGCUGUGUUAUAGAUCCAUAAUUAUUAUCAUGUUGCGUAUAUAUUGCAAUUAUUGUUGAUGGAUAUACUGUAUGUCUUCGGUCUGUUUUAGCUUAGAUAUAAAUGACAAUCGAUGCCAAAAAGGUGACUGUAUUUUCAGAUGUAUUUUAAUGUAUAUCUAUAUAAUAGUAUCCUCUAGGCCAGUAUGGGGCCAGUAUCCUCCAUAAUGAUUGGGUUUAUGGGACUACACUGUACCAUUGUGACAGUUUGUUUUUAUUUUUAUAUUUGAACACAUAGCCUACAUGAGGAGAAGCAUGUGUGCUUUUUGCUCAUCAUUUACUUGAAGUAGGUUUAUUUUAAGAGAAUGUCUUAUUUGUUGCUGUUUUUCCUUUUCAAAUGUGUGAAGCUGGGCUGGGCCUCUGUAUGACAUUCAGGCUGUGAGUCCUGACAGCUUCACAGCCACCUCAUGAGACCUUUCUUUUAUUUUAUUUGUUGUGUCUGGUGGUGAUGUGCGGACAUUACUGUAGCUUUGUGAGGCCCGGGGCCCAGAGACGCCGCCCUGCUGUCCCAAUCCCUCCAUCGCUCCCCAUUCAGGACAUAAUAAAACUCCUCUGAGCUGAAAAGGC